GUUUUACAUGGCGUGCCAGGUAUUAACAGAGAUCUGUUUUAAAGAGAUAUUAAAUUUUAUUAAAUCUGAGUGAAGACGAAAUAUAUAAUCAUGGAGCAAAUGUCGGAUCUCAAAUCUGAGAACUUAAAGAAAGGUGCAGUACCUGUGAACAAAGAUGAGAUAGUGGAUCUUAUACAAAUGAAUCUAUUCGGCAGGGUUGGCUAUGGAUGUUGUCGAGGAGAUCCUCUCACAAACAAAGGAAAACGAAUACAGCUUUUCAAAAUACUGUGUCUAACUGUUAUACCUAUAUUAGGUGUAUGGGGGUUCACCAUGCAUUCACUAACAGUGAGUGUAGAGACAAAGGCCGACAUUGAGACGGCAAAAACAUCGAUGUCUGUAGUUGUGAUGCUGGGAGAAUUGAUUCAUCACAUACAACGUGAACGUGACAUGAGCGUUCUUUACCUUAGUGAUUUAGGACCGGGAACCAAAACUUUCCUACUUGCAGAAUACAUGGCGACUGAUGACGCUUUACAGAAGUUAACCACAUGGCCUAGAGGACUGCAGAGUAACCCACGUGAGGAGUUCCGAAGUAAAGCAAACUUGAUGUCAUUUAUCACCCAGCAUCGAGCAUCGUUAAAUCCAACAACCGUAGAUAUAUAUGCCGAGAUUAAUUUUUACAGUGGCAUAACCAGUGAAUUUCUUUUAUGGUUAGUUGAGAAUAUUAAAGGAUCAGGUUUUGGUUCUAUAUGGAAAACUUUGGUCGCCUACCAGAAGAUAACACGGUGUAAAGAAGACAUAGGGGUAGAACGAGCAUAUGGUGCCAUGUUCUAUGCUACCGGCCACUUCGAAAAAUGGACAGACUAUGAAUUCUACAAUGAAAAAAUUCACGACUUUAAAUACAAUUAUAAAACUGCCGUGUUUUAUUCGGACGCCGUUGUCCCACUACACACGGAGGAAGUAAAUGAGAUCAAGUCAACAGGUCUUAACAUUACAGAAAUCAUUUUCGGUUACCGUUUCGAAAUUCAAAAUAACGAAAUGAAUGUGUCAUACAAAUCUAUUGAGAAAGCAAAAUGGUUUUUUGAUAAUAUUACAAUAUAUCUAGACUCCCUCCUACAAAUACAGCUAAAGGUGGCAGCUAGAAUUACAUCAGAGGUAAAGGACGUCCUGUCAGAGGUCAUCAUUAAGACGUUUGUGUACGCACUGAUGGUAGUGGUGGUGAUAGCCAUGUGCCCGGUGAUAAUGUUCACAGCUAACGGAUUGUCUACAGAUAUCCAGCUCUAUACAGUAACACUAGUUGAAAAAUCUAAGGAGCUGAAUAUGGAGAAAUAUAAAACAGAAACUCUCCUUUAUCAGAUGGUACCCAAAACUGUCGCCGACAAACUAAAGAGUAGUGGCUCGAUGGAUUCCGAAUUUUUCAAGUCGGUCACCAUAUUUUUCUCAGAUAUAGCUGGUUUUCAUAGAAUAACAUUGACACUGGCACCAAUGGAACUCGUUCGAAUCCUGAACAGUCUGUACACGUCCAUGGAUGAGAUUAUUGACAAUUUUGAUGUUUAUAAAGUUGAAACUAUAAAUGACUCGUAUAUGGUAGCUUCUGGACUACCAAGCAGGAACGGUGACAAACAUGCGCCGGAAAUAGCAACGUUAGCAUUGGCCAUCUUGAGUAUGAUUAGAACAAAGAAAUUCCCGUGUUCUACACAAGUUGAAGUGCAGCUUCGAAUAGGAAUUAAUACAGGCUCGUGCAUGGCGGGAAUUGUGGGUACAGUUAUGUUACGAUAUUGUCUGUUUGGAGACACCAUAAACACAGCCUCUAGAAUGAAGACAUACGGAAUGGCCAACAGAAUUCACAUCAGUGAACAUACACAUCGAGCACUAGCAAAAUUUGGAGGUUUUCGUAUGAAGUUAAGAGGUACACUUGAUAUAAAGGGUAAAGGUCUAAUGAAAACAUAUUGGAUUCUAAAUCGCUGGGAUGACGGCGAUUGUUUUGAUGAACAGAACGAAGAAAGUUUAAACUUGCCCGGGGAACUGAUGACGUACUCUGACGUCAAGAUCAGUAGUGCCAAUAGCUGCCCUUACGACAUGAGAGACUCUGGAAUAUCUGAGCGGCGAGUGUGGCGUGAGGAGGACGUUUUUGUAGGAGACAUGCAGAAACAGAAUAUACAAAGGCAUGGCGGUAUAAACAAAUGCUGAACAUAAUAACGGCGAUGUUUCCAUGUGACUUUAAUAUAGAAAAUUAUACACAACAAAAGAAUUGUUCCAAGGAGACAAUUCUCAAUCAAACAUAUUUUACAUUUGUUUGUAAUAGUGUUUUCUGUAUAAAUUGAUGGAACUAGAGUAUAGUUUUCUUCAUAAUUCAAAAACAUGUAUAAGAGGUUUAGGAGAGCAAAGAACUUUUUCAAGAACAAUGUGUUAACAUUCAUAAAUGUAAUGUUUGAAAAUGUCCAAUACAAAUUCUAAGAAAAUACACUAUAUGACUGAUUUACAGGUGCCUCAGAUGUAAAAUAAAUUUAGGUAAACAUCCAAAACUACAACACUGAAAAUAAAACUCUUUUUUUUUUUCAAGAGAACAUUACUAAAAAUCUAACAAAGAUUCGUCUAUUUUAUAUAAUGAAAAAAAUCUAUAUUGGUUUCCUGAUUAUAUAUUUCGAGAGGAUCAAAAUAUCGGAAUAUAAAGUACUUGUAUUUGAAAAGUUACAUACCUCUCAAUAAAUUCCAUUAAUUCAAUAUUUAUUUUAUCUGAUAAAAAUCUUUUGCGAUAGAAAUGUCCAAUAUAUAGACGAUUGUAUCACUGCUUUUGAAAUAGUUUUUAACACCAAUGAAUAACUGUUUACAAUUAAAUCAAUAAUAUCACUGUCCAAGGAAAAAAGAGCUAACAAAAUUUUUUACCACCUACUUUCUAAGAUUUUAUUCGGUAUGUCUUAAAUGUUUUGUUUUCUAAUAAAAAGAGUAGUUUUGUUGUUUUGUUUCACAGUAUGUUUUUGCGGACGACAAAAUAAAUGAUUGGUGUUGUUGAAUUAUGUUUUUAUCUUCCCUACCGCAUGUCUUUAUGAAUUGCCGUUCUAU